AUGGCGCAGCGCCGUGUGCGGUUCACCGCAGCGCUCAACUCGUAUGUCCACGACCAAGGCUCGGAGGGCACGUGCUACGCUCACGCGGUGGCCACGCUUGUCGUCGACGCGCUGCGGAGGCUCGGCGUUCCUGCGCAGUCCGCGCCCCUUCGAAGUACCGUCCUCGAAGAGCUCGUAGCUCGAUUUGGGAAAGAAGGCGCGAUCGUGCCUACAGUGCUCGACUGGGCGCUCCGUACGUACGUACGCCCGCACAGCGACGAGGCCGAGUGCGAAGAGCUGGAGACCACGGACGCGGUGAUGGAGGUGCUCGAGCAGGCCGAGGGCAAGGUGGUGAUGGAUUUCCGUAUGAGCUGCUCGCAGUGGGCUCACUUCGAAGCCUUCUUCCGAGCGGAGCCGAUGGGCAUCCUCAGUGCGGGCGCGCUCGGCGACCCGCACGGUCGCAUCAGCGGCCACGCCGUCGUCAUCGAGGGCUCCGAGGACUACUCGCAUGGCGGCGCGAACGUACCGGCGCACCACUUCUGGCGCUUCAAGAACUCGUGGGGCGGGCAGCACGCCGACGCUGGCUUCUACCACGUCGCGCGCGACGCCCUUCCCGGCGUCCGAUUCUUUGCCAUCGACGUGCCGGUGCGGCACCGUCGCUUCCGCGAGCUCUUCCUGCCCGGCAGCCGCCCAGACCGCACCUUCGACCUGCGCGGCGCGCUGGCGCUCUCGAGCGACAAGGUGGGCGAGGGCUCCUUCGGCACCAUCUUCCGAGCCUCGCCCCACCCCGCUCCGGAGCCCGCAGUGCGCGAGCGCCUCCUCGCGCGCGCGGCUCGCGACGCGCUGCCCGCGAGCAUGGCGGUCAAGGCCGUCCCGCGCGCCGAUCGCGCGCACGCGCUGAUUGAGGAGAUGCGCCACCUGACGACGCUGCAGCAUCCGUGCGUGGUCAAGGUGCUCGGCUUCACCCUCGACCGCAGCGGCCGCUGGGCGCUCGUCAUGCCCCUGUACGAGCUUGGCUCGCUGUCGCACCCGCGCCCGGGCGCGCUCGUCACGCGCAGCGCCCUCCCCCGCAUCCUACACUGCGUUGCGACCGCCCUGCAGCACGUGCACGACGCCGGGUACAUCCACGGCGACGUGAAGGAGAGCAACGUGCUGCUUCACAUGGAUCGGCACGCCGGUCCGGACAAGGUGCUCUGCGGCGUCCUCGCAGAUUUCGGCAGCAUCCAGCGCAUCGACGCGCCACGCAAGCUCGCGCGCGUGGGCACGUCGGUGUUCCGCGACCCGCGCGUGCGCAGCGGCGACUACGGGAGCGAGAUCGACGUCUACGCCUUCGGCUGCGUGCUCGCCGGCACCGCCGUGCGCGUGGUGCACACGGACGCGUCCUUGCAGUCGCAGCUUGGCGAGCUCGCGGAGCGCUGCAAGGCCAGCGCCUGGCAGCAGCGCCCGGAGGCCUUUGGACUCAUGCUCGAGCUCGCGCAAAUUGUAAACCAGCAGCCCCUGCGAGGGGGGCACGUGCCCACGGACGUCCCGUCGGAUCUGGACGAGGUCGAUCGCGCGCACGUCGUCUAUGUGUCACGGGCCAAGUACCACCACCGCUCCUGCCCGAUGAUCGAGAGCUGGCACCGCUCCAGCCGCACCGAGUUCGAGAAGCAAACAUUUGAGUACGUCGCGCCGCGCGUGCGCUUCAAGCCGUGCUCCUCGUGCGCGCACCACUUCCGCUUCCGCUUCAACGUCUUCCCCCGCCCCCGCGGCGCCGUGCAAGCGUACCCCGCCUUAAACCGCCCCGCGCCGUACCCCAUGGACGACAUCGGAACCCCUCCGUGGUACGCACGGAUCCUCGAGCCCACGGGCGACGACGAUCACCCCGAGACGAUCACCCUCGGCCCGCUGCACGUGGACGACGCCUUCGAGGCGCGCGCCGAGGCGCUGCGCUACCUGUGCGAUCUGAGCGGAGCGUACAAGUGUGCGCUGCGCGACCCAACGCCGGCCGGCGACGCGGUGUGCGUCAAGAUCCGCCCCUUCUCGGUCGCCAUGGAGCGCGGCUGGCCGCUCCAGGGGGAUGCCGACCGCCCGGAUCCACACGCGGAGCGGUGGUCGGAGGACGACGACUUUAGCGACGGCGACGGGGAGUACCCGGAGCUCGCGGAGAGCACGAGCGCUCGCUGGGGCAAGCACAAGGGGACGGAGGAGGACGUGACGAGGGUAAUGACGGAGAACCAAAUCUUCUGGGGCGCGAGCCGAGUCGGCCGGAACGGCUUCGAUCUGCUGGAGGACUACAAGAGGCAUCCGGAUCGCGUGCUCAACUUCCUCCGGUCGCGAGGCGUCAGCAUCCGCUUGUGA